AUGGGAAAUGUAUGCUGCACAGGGCGAACUCCGAGAAAAUCAUCAUAUGAAUCUUGUGAUGACUUCCAGAAAUCAAUGGAAAAAGCAAAGAAUAAGCAACUUUCUAAGUCACAAAUAGUGACAUCAUUGCUAAAGAGAACAAAUCUUUUUCCAGAAAAGAAAUCUAAAAGAACUGUUAAAGAAAGAACUGAAGAAGAUUUAUUAGAAAUUUCUCCAAUUAUAGAUGAGGAAAAUAAAUCAGAGAGAACGUCAUCAGAGUAUUCACAAGAUUCUAUUAUAUAUAAUAACUGAGCUCGGUAUCAAGCCUUAUCUAUAUGAUAUCUGUCUAAAGUUGUAAUAAAUUAUAGAUAAAUCAAUAAAAAUAGGAUAUAAUCGAAUAUGAUUUAAAUUCUGUAAGCGAGCUCAGCUCAGUUCAACAAAAUAUGAUAUACGAAAUUCUUGAAAAAUAUAAAGAAAAUUAUGGAGAAAAUCUAGAAGAGCUGGCAGAUGGGAUUACUGAAGUAACAGAAUACACACAAGAUUCUUCAGUAAUCCGGACGAUGAUGCUCACAACAUUUGCAAUUUAUUUAUUUGAACAAGACGAUUUUUCAAAAGUAACAAGGAGGAUUCAAAUUGAUACAAUUUUAUUUUUCUGAAUUGCUGAAGGUAGGCUGAGUGUAUUAUAAUAAAAAUAAAAAUUAAAAUUCUUACUCCCCCCCAUCCUUGAUCGAACGACUCGCCAUCGUUCGAUCAAGGAUGGGGGUUUAAAAAAAUAUAUAUAUAUAUAUUUUUUAUUUACUUUUAAAUAAGAGGGUUAAGAGUAUUUAAUAACUAUUUUUACAGCAAAAAAUUGAAUUAAUUUCAUAAAAAUACCAAUUUUUUAAUAUUUUGAUUUAUUAGUUACCCCUUUAAACUGUAUAAAUUUUAAUUUGCUCCUUAUUAAAUUAAAAAUUUUUUUUUAAAAUUUUAAAAAAAAUCUCUAUUUUAUUAGAUUAUUAAGUUUUUAAGCCUAUGUUGAUGACUAAAUCACUUUGAAUGGUUGAUUCCGAAGCUUUCUGUCGUCUUAAAGUCUCUGAAAACAACUUCAUUAUGUACAUCUUCACAAGCUUUUGAUAACUAAUAUAUUUUCAUAUAUAUAAAAAUUGUCAUGAUAUGAAAAUCGUUCGAUCAAGGAUGGGGGGAGUUAUGGAAAAUUAUUUAAAAAUUAUUUUUUAAAUAAAAUAGCAUAUAAGCCUGCAUAAAAUAGAUUUAAUUGAGUUUAAUAGGAAAUAUUUCAGGUAGAACAAGGAAAUAAUAAUGAAGGAAAUUUGAUUAUUUCAAGUCCAAAAAUGGAAGAUAUUCUGAGGGCUAUUGAAGAUUUAAGCUUUGAGUCCACCAAACAGUUUAUUCCAUGAUAUACUGAAGGUGCACUAAGCUUACUAAGGCUAAAACGAAAUAAAGUCAGCCCUGAAGAGAUUUUUUCAAGAUUUUAUAACCAAGAAAACAUGCUAAUUGCAGAAAUUUUAAUUAAGCACGGGAAAAUAGGCGAAAACGUGCUUUAUUUUGAGCCGUGCUACAGAUACCCUGAAUCUUCUGAUUUUUUCGACACAUAUUUCUUAAUGACUGAUUUGGCGCUUUAUUCCUUAAAUAUCGACCACAAAUUCAAGGUCAGGGUGGCUCUAAAUAAAAUCACAAAAAUAGGGAUCGACCGAAAAUAUGAAGCAGUUAUAGCGUCUGCACCGCUGCAGAUUGCCUUUGCAAGGGUUUCCCGCAGCAACUUGGAGCUAUGGCAAGCCACCUAAAGGUGGCAAGUCAACUCUAAGUUGACAAAUCCUUGUAAAAGGGCACGCUUUUGUCAACUUUGAGUUGACUCAUCACCUUUAGGUGGCUCGUCAGAGCUCCAAGUUGCUGCGGGAAACCCUUGCAAAGGCAAUCAAUAACGGUGCAAACGCUAUAUCAUAAUUGCAGGAAAAUCUGCCUGCAUGUGAAUGCUUCCGAUUUACUAUAGUGAAUACAUUAAAAAAGCAGUACAAAAACAAGGGAAUUUUGGUAUAGACGUAGAAUGAUUUGACGACGAUGCCUACUUGAACAGCCGAUUUUUGAAUUAA